AUGUCGUGGCUCGGUUGGGGCGCAAGCACCAAUCCUUUGUACGAAGAGCUCGUUGAGAAAGCAUGCUCGCCGCUCAAUCUGCCGUACCCGCAGUCGGAGAACAUAGCCGACUCGCUGGAAGUGACGGAUAUGAUCCGGUCAAAGGCAGUCCAGCCGAAGCCGGCGAUGCAGAGCUUGAAGCGGAGAGUGGGAAGUACGAAUGGCAGGGUGCAGAUGUAUGGUAUAGGGCUGGUCGAUACCUGUAUCAAGAAUGGAGGCGACCAUUUCCUUGGCGAGAUUGCAAGUAAGGAGUUCGUUGAUGAGAUGUCGAGAGUCAUCAAGGCGCCAACGACGAGUCCCGAAGCCAAGCAAAUGGCCAUGAAGUACUUCCAGCAAUGGGCAAUCGCUUUCCAGCCAAAGCGGGAGCUUAGCUUCUUUGUGGAUGUCUACAAUGAGCUCAAGAACUCUGGUGUCGACUUCCCGCCACCGCCCGCCCAAACCUCCUCUCACCUGCUCACGACCACCACCGCGCCCCAAUGGCAAGAUUCGGACGUGUGCAUGCGCUGCCGGACUGCCUUCACCUUUACGAACCGCAAGCAUCACUGCCGGAACUGUGGUCUCGUCUUUGACCAAGCUUGCUCGUCCAAGACCCUACCGCUUCCCUUGUUCGGCAUCACCACACCGGUCCGGGUCUGCGAAUCCUGCUUUGUCAAGUGUGGCGGAAACAAGGUUGCUGCGCCAAGCGGUCCUGCACCGGCAAUUCCCAAGGGCAGGACGAUGCGGAGCAAGGAGGACUUUGAUGCGGACUUGCAGAGGGCGAUUGAGCUGUCGUUGGCGGACAACAAGGAGGCAGGUCCUUCGUUUGCGAUGGGGAGUGAGCCGCCAUUGGCGAGAUCGAGGCAGACGGUGGAAGAUGACGAUGAGGAGUUGCGGAUGGCGAUCGAGGCGAGUCUGAGGGAUGCGGAGCGGGCACGGCCGAGUGCGCCGAAUGGCUAUGAUGAGCCAGAGUACAGGCCUCUGCCCACUUUCGAUCUUGCGCCCCGGGAGACAGAGACCAUCCUCACUUUCUCCAACACCCUUGAUCAGAUGGCGGCAUAUGGCGAGCGGGAUCUGCGGCGCUUCCCGCACGCCCAUGUGCUGUAUGAACAAGCGUACGGGAUAGGUGGGAAGCUACAUCGAAAUGUAGAGGAAAAGACGACCAAGCAGCAGAUGCUAGCCGAGAUGCAAGACAAGCUUUCACAAGCUGUCGGGCUGUACGGUCAGAUCCUGGACGGUCAACAAGCAUACACCGCCCAGAAGCUGCAGGAGCAGCAACAACGACAAUACGCCCAACAGCAACAGUCGUAUGGUCAAUACAACCCAUAUCAACCUCAACCACCUCAGCAAGCGGGAUACGAUCCGCGCUAUGCCCCACCCGCUCAGACCAACGGCUACGGUUAUGCGCCCCCUUCGCAGGCGUAUCAGCCUCCAGCGGCUACUGCUUCUGGGCUAUAUCCUGCUAUGCCUCCUCAGGGCGGGAUGUACCCUACCCAGCCUCAGGGCCAGGCUCAGUACGGGUACCAACCUCAAUACUCUCCCGCUGCUCAAGCCUGGCAAGGUCAGGCUGCGCCUCAGCAGUACCAGCCUCAGCAACAAUACCAGCCCCCACAGCAGCAACAGUACGCCCAUCAGCCUCCUCUUGAGCGGCACUCGUCCAUCCGGUCGUUCGUCCCCUCCUUCUCGGCCGGUCCCUCCGCUCCCCCUGUGGACAUGUCGACCCACCCCAUCGCCUCACCUAGCAGCGCUAAAUCGGCGCUCCCCACCCACGGUCUACCGGGACCGAACGGGUCGAGCUAUACCUCCCCCUCGGUCACGAACGGGCAACUCCCGCAGGUAUCGCCUCAGAAGCAGCAGUAUCACCAACUUCCCCAGCCGCAGCAGCCGCAGCAGCAGCAACCCCAGCACGUCUAUUAUGACGCCUCGUUCCCGCCUGCUCCGGCUGCGGUCUUCCCGGACGCGCCACAGUCGGAGUUUGAGCAGCCACAGCAUAGUCAGACUCAAGGGGUGGAGAAGCAGGAAAAGGAAGAGGCGCUGUUGAUUGAGCUGUAG